AGAUGGUUAGCAGGACGAAAAUAGAACCCGCGGGUCGCCGCUGCUUGGUUCGCCCCCGUGGCCGAGAUCAAAGACCACCGCAUCUCACCUCGGGAUGUCUUAUUCUCCGUACUCGAUGUUCAACCAUCCCUGACACCUCUCGUUUCUCAGAGCCCUGUGGCCAGUGGUUGUGGACAUCAGAAUGAAGCUUCAUAACGCUCUUUUCGGAAUCUCCAGCCUUUGUGGCCUCUUCCUGCCCACCUCGGCGGCUCGGGUCAACAGCAGGGACAGAUACGCAAGAAGCGUACCGACCUCGCACACGGUCCACGAAAGACAUGUACAAAACAAUCUCGAGGGGUGGGUUAAGCGCGACCUUGUGGACUCCGAGGCGACGGUCCCGGUGCGGAUUGGGUUAAAGCAGUCUAAUGUGGACGCUGGACAUGACCUGCUGAUGAACAUAUCCAACCCAAAGUCCCCAAACUACGGAAAGCACCUUUCAAGGCGCGAGGUUAUCGAUCUGUUUGCCCCUGAAAGCCACGCAGUCGAGAAAGUAAAGCGUUGGCUGGCCUCGUCGGGGGUCGAGGAAAGAAGGCUAUCGCAGUCACCAAACAAACAGUGGAUUCAGUUUGAUGCCCCUGCCCGCGAGGUCGAGGACUUGCUUCACACAAGGUACUACACCUUUGAGAAUCUUGAGACAGGUGUCCAGAAUAUUGCUUGCUCUGAGUACCAUGUCCCGCAUAAUGUGUCACACCACAUCGACUACAUCACUCCCGGCAUCAAGCUCAUGUCCGGUGGGUAUGAUGAAAAGAUCACCAACAGGAUGGUUGGACGGCGGUCACUCACCGGGGAUCUGCAUGGUGGUAGAAAGGGAGGGAAAGGGCACGGGCGAGGAAAGGGGAAUGGCAAGGGUAAAGGGAAAGGGAAAUGCAUACCGAGGCCUCCAGUUGAUCCAGUCGACGACGACAGCGUAUUCAAGGUGACUGGGCCGUGCAGCGAGGAGAUUACACCACACUGCAUUCGAGCGCAGUAUCAGCUUCCCAACGGCACCAAGGCGAAAAAAGGCAAUGAGCUCGGCGUGUUCCAGAGCCUAAGCCAGCACUACAGCCAGGAGGACCUCGACAACUACUGGAAACACAUUUCACCUUGGGUCCCUCCCGGCACGCAUCCCAAGCUCAAGUCCAUCAACGGUGCCUAUGGUCCAACCAACGACACGUCCAAGGCUGGUGAGGAAGCCGACCUCGACUUCCAAGUCGCCAUCCCCUUGAUCUGGCCACAGAAAUCGAUCCUCUUCCAAACAGACGACGAGUGGUAUCAAAAAGACCAACUCCGCCCCGAGAGCAAAUACCCCGGUUUCUUCAACACCUUCUUCGACGCCAUCGACGAAUCCUACUGCCACCUCACGGCCUAUAAUAUGACGGGCAACUGCGCCAGCCCCGCCUGCCGGGACCCCGAAUACCCCAACCCCAACGCAUCCCCCUCCCAGGGCGGCUACCAAGGAGCACUGAUGUGCGGACGGUACCCGCCAACCAACGUCAUCUCGAUCAGCUACAGCGGCACGGAGCACUCGUGGCCGGCGGCCUACAUGCGGCGGCAGUGCCUCGAGGUGCUCAAGCUGGCGCUGCAGGGCGUGACGGUGGUCGAGUCCUCGGGGGAUUAUGGUGUUGGCGGGAAGCGCUUCGAGCCCCAGGCUGGGUGUCUGGGCGAGAGGAAGGAUGUGUUUAGUCCCCGCGUGAUGGGGAAUUGUCCGUAUGUGCUGAGUGUGGGGGCCACGACGCUGGUGGAGCCGGAGUAUGCGGACCCGGAUGCGGAGGUGAAGCUGCUUGAGGUGGCGGCCGAGUCGUUUUCGUCGGGUGGCGGGUUCUCGAAUGUGUUUGAGCGGCCUGCGUGGCAGGAUCGUCAUGUUAGUGAGUAUCUGGCCAAGGCGAACGUGUCUGAUUUGGGGUAUGAGGGGGGUGGUGGGUUGGGGUUUGAGAGCUUGCGGCCGCCGCCGGGGAGGGGGAAGCUGUUCAACAAGCUCGGGAGGGGGUAUCCGGACGUGGCAGCUAUCGGGGAGAACUUCCGGGUGGUACUCCGGGGCUAUCCUAAUCGGAUGCAUGGGACGUCGGUUUCCACGCCGGUCUGGGCGUCUAUCUUGACGCUCGUCAACGAGGAGCGGUUGGCGGCGGGCAAGAGCACGGUUGGGUUUGUGCAUCAAGUUUUGUAUGAACAUCCGGAAGUGUUUACAGACAUCACCACCGGGUCUAACCCUGGCUGUGGUGGGGAUGGCUUCAAGGUCAAGGAAGGAUGGGAUCCCGUAACGGGCCUAGGGUGAGUUCUGUCUGGUAUCGGAACGGUCAGGUACUGGGCC